UUGUUUACUAUUUGGCGAUAACCUGUUGCUGACUAUCUACAAUUUAGGGAAUUCCCCUCAAAUGCUUUCGGCUCGUAUGUGAUGAAUUCAGAAUAAUUUUUGCGAUGAAUCAAAACAAUUCUAAAAAACGUCAUGCCAAGCAUGGACAAGGGAAUCAUCAGGAUUAUUAUGCGCCAUCGAGGGUUCCUGCUCCAUCAACACAGAGCAAUACUAACACCCCCAUAGGUGCUGUUGUUAGCCAGCCUAAUCAACUACCAUCUUCUCAGUAUAGGACAAUACCAACGAUGGCAUACCCAAUGCACCAUAAUUUUAAUGCGUUCCCGCCAACAUUGGGCAAUCAUCAAUUUCUACAAAUGUUUCUUAAGGGAGCAUAUAAUCCUGCACAGUUUCCUGUUACAGCAAGUCAGGUAGACUUAAAGGAUUGCAGCACUCAAUCAUCGAAUAAUUUGAAUGAUAAUUCUAAUGUAAUAUCCAGCAACCCUUCAGGUAGAGCUAUUCCAAUUAUUGAUCCAAGAACUGGAAAAAGAGUGGUGUUUACCUAUGAUAAAAACUCUGAAGGCAGUAGCUUUCAUUCAAGUAACAAAAAAGAAUCUGAAAAUACAGAAUCAAAUAUUUGUGCACAGCCUGCAAAACAAGUUGCUAAUUCAAAUGACAGCCAUAGAGACAUCAGAUCUAAGCAGCAUGAGCUUUUAAAGACAGAUACCUUAUGUUCUCCUAAAAAGGAAGAAGUUGGAAUGCAGGAAAUGCUUAUUGGAAGGAAAAAAAAGGCCAGAAGAAGAAAUAAUAAAAAUAAGCAAAGUGAAAGUGAAAAGCCUGCAACUGCAUAUUUGGUCCUGCCUCUUCCACCGUCAACAGAAGUUCCUACAAUUGCACCUACUCCAGAUUCUAAAAGGAAUCUGUCAUCUGUACCAGUAAUGGAUAGUGGAAUUUUGAAUACAAUUCCAGUACUUGAAGAGGCUCUUACCACUCUUCAAAAUGAUGUACCAACAAGUAAACCAACGUUUGAAACAUCUUUUGCAUCACCAAGUGCAGAUGGCAAGGACAAGAAGAAUGUUGUCAAACCUCAGCAUGAUAAAACAGUUUUGAAAUACAGUUAUAAAAAAGAUCAGUGGAGUCCCCUGAAUCCUGAAGGCAAGAGACAAUAUGACCGAGAUUUUCUUCUGCAACUGGCAACUCAUCCUUUGUCAUCAUGCAAACUAAAUGACAUUCCUAAUGUGAUUAAAUAUAAAGCAUAUAAGGUUUAUAUACAGAACCCUCCUACAAAAAAGAAAAAGAAGCCUGCUGCUCCUGCGAUGUCCUCCUGUGGUGAACUUUUUGUUCCUAAGUAUGCACCAACUGCUCUUAUUACUGAAGAGCCUACAACUGCAUAUUCAGUCCUACCUCAUCCACCUACAGCAACAGCAGCUUCUACAUCUGCACCUACUACGAAUUUUAAAAGAAAUUUAUCAUCUUCACCAGCAAUGGAUAGGGAAAUUUUGAAUACAAUUCCAUUAUUUGAGGAGACUUUGAUUACCACACUUCAAAAUGAUGUACCGGCAAGUAAGCCAGCUUUUAGAACAUCUUCUGUAUCACCAAGGACAGAUAUCAAGGGCAAGGAGAAUGCUAUUGAACCUCAGCAAAAUAAAGUAGUUUUGAAAUACAGUUAUAAAGAAGAUCAGUGGAGUCCUUUGAAUCCUGAAGGCAAGAAACAAUAUGACCGGGAGUUUCUUCUGCAGGUGUCAUCCGACCCUUUAUCAUUAUGCAAAUUAAACGAUAUUCCAAAUGUGAUUAAAUAUGAACCAUAUAAGGCUUAUCUACAGAAUCCUCCUACAAAAAAGAAAAAGAAGCGUGCUACUCCUGUGGUGACUAAAAGUGGACAGUUCUCCUGUGGUGAGCUCUUUGUUCCUAAGCAUGCACCAACUGCUCUUUUCACUGGAGAGCGACAACAUGUCUGGAAGCCACUACAUAUGAUUGAAGAACUACUUAAUGAAAAGGAUAAACUGAAAAGAAGUGUUCUAGGUGUAUUGAAUAAAUUGACACCUCAGAAAUUUGAAACUUUGCUUGCUCAGUUGAAAAGUAUACCUAUAGAUACAGAAGAAAAAUUAGCUGUAGUUAGCAAUUUAAUAUUUGAGAAUGCUAUAAAUGAAAGGAAGUUUAGUGCUGUUUAUGCUAAACUCUGUAAUCAUUUGGCCUUGAUUAAGGUUCCUACAUCUGGAAAAUCCGGUACCCAAGUGAAUUUUCGCAAACUUUUGCUCACUAAAUGUGAAAAGGAGUUUGAAUUCUAUAGAAGUGAUGAAAAAAAUGAAGAAAAAACGAAGAAUUUAGAAGCAGUUGAUCCUCACAAAAGAAAAGAGUUACAAAUUGAAUACGAAGAAAAGGAGAGAAAGAUUAGGAAUAGACAAUUAGGAAAUAUAAAAUUUAUUGGAGAGUUAUUUAAACUAAAAAUGUUCAUUGAACCAAUUAUGCAUGGAUAUAUUAAAAAGCUUCUAAAUCAAGCUGAUGAUCUGUCGUUUGAAUGCCUUUCUGAACUUUUAAAAACGAUUGGUAAAGAAUUGGAUGGUAAAGGCACAAUUAAAAUGUCUUGUAGCAAGCAGAUGGAUAUUUAUUUAGCUCAAAUAAAAUUAAUUGUUGAUAAGCAGAUGGCAAGUCCAAGAGUUAGAUUUAUGCUGGAAGAUGUUAUAGAUCUCAAAAAAAAUAACUGGGUGCCUAAGAAAGAGGAAAACAAUCCUAAAACUUUGGAUGAAAUUUGUAAAGAAGCAGAGCGCGAAGCUUGUGAGCAGCAACAUCUUCUUAAUAAUGAGACUAAUUAUCCCAAGACAAUACCUCAGGAUAGAGACCAACCAAACAAUGCUGAAUUGGGUGUCCACAGCUCAGAGUACAAUGAAGAUGAAUUGGAGAAGUCUAAUUCCUUUAGAGAUGGAUUUCGUCACAAUAAUGAUUUUGAAGAAGUGAUAAGAUGUGUUAUAGAGAUGGCUUCUCCAAAUACUGUCCAUAUGUACAUUAAUGCUACUAUUAAUGACUUUCUUGAACGGUCUAGUGAGGCUAGGUACUCUUUAGGCCAGUUAUUGGCUUCCCUUCUGAAAAAGAAAAAAAUAACAUUUGACCAGUAUAAAAAAGGGUUUGCUGGUGUUCUAGAAAUAAUAGAUGAUUAUGCUCUGAAUAUUCCUUUAAUAUGGGAUUAUAUGGGUGAAAUCCUGGAGCCGAUGAUAGAAGUUUAUGAAACUCCUUUUAAAUUAUUAAAAGAAGUAUUAGAACCAUGUAUACCAUCUGAAAAGGCUGGUAUGCUCCUUUCAUCCAUACUUCACUGUGCUGCCAAGUGGAAGGGCACAAUGAAGCUUGGAGAAGUUUGGAGAGAAUCUGGUGUACAAUGGACUGAUAUAAUUGGAAUUGAUAGAAAUGCAGCAGAAUUUAUUGAAGAACAUCAACUUGAAUUUACCAUGAACCCUAUGAAAGUCAUUCCACCGAUUCAGAUACCAAUGGAAGGAAUGAAGAAACAUCUAUUGAGUGGCUUAGAAAAAAAUGAUGAAUUGGAAGAUGUUUCCAAUUGGAUCGGAGCAAAUGUAUCUGACACUAGUGAUCCAACAUUCGUCCAUGCUUUGGUAACAGCAGUUCAUGAAAGUUGUUUAUCAGAUUCAGGAACUGCAUGGAAAUUAAAUACAAGUAAACUGAAAUCAAGGAUACCUCUUAUAUCCUGUUAUGUGUCCACCAAUAAAAAAUUACAAUUGCAAUCUUUGUAUGCUGCACAAGCUCUUGUGGAUCAGUUAGGGCAACCUAGUGGUCUUUUGCAUCAGAUUUUCUACAUUAUGUUUGAUUAUGGUGUGGUUAGUGAGGAGACUUUCAAAGAAUGGAAGCAAAGUGAUGAUGCAAAUGAAGCAGAAGGAAAAGCUGUUGCCAUUCAUUCUGUGAAAGAUUUUUUCACUUCUUUACUAGAAUCUGAUAAAGAAACUAAAACUCAAAAACUUGGUGGUGGGAAUGAGACACCACCUUCUGUAUUGAGCAAUUCAAUGUUGAAUUUUGCUGCUUAUAAUUCAGGAUUUUCACUGGCUGAGCUUAUAUCUAGAAUGUCUCUUAAUUCAAUCAAUCAUGACAAGCAGGAAGUUGAAGAAGAAAAGUCCGGAGAAAGUUCUUCAUUUUCGAGCUCUCUUAAUACAAAUGUGAAAUUACACAAAUCACCAAAUCCUUGGAAACCACUACGCCUAAGUGAGAUACCACUUGAUGAAAAGGAUAAACUAAAACGAAAUGUUCUAAGUAUAUUGAACAAAUUGACUCGUCAGAAGUUUGAAACUCUGCUUUCCCAGCUUAAAGGCCUCAAUAUAGAUACAAUAGAAAAAUUAGCUUUAGUUAUCGAUUUAAUAUUUGAGAAGGCUAUAGAUGAACCAAAUUUUAGCGUCCCUUAUGCAAAUCUCUGCAAGCAUUUGGCUUUGAUUAAGGUGCCUUUCUCUGGAACUUCCGGGGCCCAAGUUAAUUUCCGCAAACUGAUGCUUACUAAAUGUCAGAAGGAGUUUGAACAAGAUAGAAAGGAUGAACUUAAGACUGAAGAAAAAAUGAAAAGUUUAGAAGCAGCUGAUCCUGAUAAAAGAAAGGAGCUGCAACUUGAAUAUGAAGAAGAAGAAGAAGAAAUUAGGUAUAGACAGUUAGGAAACAUAAGGUUCGUUGGAGAAUUAUUUAAAUUAGGUAUGUUGAUUGGACCAGUUAUGCGUGAAUGCAUUAAAAAGCUGCUAAGUCAAGGUGAUGAAGAGUCUUUGGAGUGUCUCUCAAUAUUAUUAAAGACAGUUGGCAAAGAGUUAGAAGAUGAAAAGAUAACUAAAAAUCCCAAAGACACCCAGAUGGAUAUGUAUUUUGCCCAUAUAAAAUUAAUUAUUGAUAAGCGACUGACAAGCCCUAGAGUUAGGUUUAAGCUACAAGAUGUUAUAGAUCUGAAAAAAAAUAAUUGGGUGCCCAGGAGAGAUGCAAACAACCCUAAAACUAUUGAUCAAAUUCACAAAGAAGCAGAACGCGAAUCUCGUGAACAGCAACAAGUUUAUCAAAAUAUGACUAAUUAUCCAAAACGAAUAGCCGAUUAUAGAGACCGGCGGAAAAAUGCUGGUCGAAUGGGACCAUCUGAGGAUGGUUGGACUUCAUCUUCUAAAAGCAAUAAAGGUAUCUACAGUGUGGUUGAUCCUUCCAAACUGAAACUAACCAAGCCUGAUGAAGUAGAGAGCAUUCGUUCUGGUCCUGGUGGAAGAGGCCUUCAAAGUUGGGGUAGAGGCAGCAGUGGUGGCCCUAAAACAACUGCUGAUUCUGAUAAAACUGCAUUAACAAAUAAGUUUCCUGCACUUUCGGAACAAUCUCUAUCAUCUAACUAUGAAGGAAGGAGAGAUUCUCAACGAUCAGCAGCUUCCAGUCGUGAAUCUAGUCGAGGCCGCGAUAGUCAAUUGUCCCCUGCCAUUAGAAAGACAUCUGAGGCUAUAGCUCCUGAAGUUAAGGCAGCUACUGAUGUUCGUGGGAAUGGAAAAGCAAUUGCAGCAGAAGAAUUAACUCUCAAGUGUCCAGAAUACAACGAAGAUUUCAUAGAGAUGAAGACAAAGCACAUUAUAGGCGAAUUCCUUCACAAUAAGGAUGUUGAGGAAACAAUAAAGUGUGUCGUUGAGCUGGUUUCUCCAAAUACCGUCUAUAUAUUUAUCAACACUACAAUUAUAGAAGUACUUGAAGGAUCUAGUCAGGCCAGGUACUAUGUAGGCCAAUUAUUAUCGUCCCUUCUAAAAAAGAAGAUUAUAACUUCAGACCAGUAUAAAGAAGGAUUUGCUGCUAUUUUAGAAUUGAUAAAUGAUUAUGCCAAGAAUAUUCCGUUAAUUUGGGAUCGUAUUGGAGAAAUCCUGGCCCCUAUCAUGGAAGAUAUUGAAACUCCUUUCCAAUUACUGAAAGAAGUAUUGCAACCAUGCAUACCUUCUGAAGAAGCUGGUAUGCUAGUUUCAUCCACAAUGAAAUGUGCGGUCAAAUGGAAGCUUGGAAAAGUCUGGAGGGAAUCCGGUAUGCAAUGGACUGAUAUCAUUGGAAUGGAUGGGAAUGUGGCUGAAUUUGUCAAGAAACAUCAACUUGAAUUUACAUUGAGCCCAACAAAAGCGAAUCAACAGACUCAAUUGCCAAUGGAAAAAAUGAAGACGAGCCUAUUGAAUCUUUUGGAAAAAAAUUCCGAAUUAGAAGAUGUUUUCGAUUGGGUCGACGCUAAUAUAUCUGAUACUAGUGGUCCAACUUUUAUCCGUGCCUUGGUAACAGCAGUUCAUGAAAGUUGUUUAUCAGGUUCAGGAGCGACAUGGGAAUUAAAUAUAAGUAAACUGAAAUCAAGGACACCUCUGAUAUCCCGUUAUGUGUCCACAAAUAGAAAACUACAGCUGCAAGCUUUCUAUGCCGUUCAAGAUUUUAUGAAUCAAUUAGAUUAACAUAAUUGUCUUCACCAUGCAAUUUUCGAUGUUUUGUAUGAUAAUAAUGUUAUUAGGGAUGAAUCUUUCAUUGAAUGGCAGUAAAAUGAUGAUCUCAAUGAAGCAGAAGACAAAGCUAUUGCCUUUCAUUCCGUGAAGUGUUUUUUACUUGCCUUCGACAACCUGAAGAAGAAACUGAAGAUAUGAACACUGAGUGAUUACUACUUUUGCUCGUAACAGACAACUGGCCUACUUUCCAAUAAUUGUAUAUAAACAUACAAAAAAAAAAAUAUUUUUUUAAUCUUUCACAUAUACAAUAAAAUUUUAAAUAUUUUUUCACAUAAUCAAAAAUUAAUAUUAAAUGACACAUGAAUAUUUAUAUCUUUUUUUAAAAUUAUGUAUUAUUUGUACAUGGCUUUGUAAAAGAACCAUAUUUUGCAAUAAAUUUCAUUAA